UUUGUUUUGUAUACUGUUUUGUGGUUGUUCGUGGAAAAGUGACUGGACAUAGCUGCACCAAACUAAGGUUUUAAUUAUACGGAGAAUUGACUUGUGAACAUGGCCAGUGGAAUAGAAAAUACCGACAAUAAGGUCGCACCGACCGAUUUGGACAGCGAGUUCAAUGAUGAAAUAGUGACCUGCAGCCAUUGUUGGAGAGAGGCUAAACGUUCUUCGGGAGAAACAAGCAUGUCAGAGGCUUUACUUCAGGAAGGGCUCGAAAAUGCUAAGAAAAUAUGUAGUUGUUUUGAAACGAUGAUUGACAAAGCACAUAUGAGAGAAAACCCAGGCCGCAAAGAUCGCCAAGACAGCGGCAUUGGCUCUAAGACAUCCUUAGAGAUCAUUCAUCCAACAGACGACACUGCGGAAUUUGGCUCCCGCCUUUCUGCCAGUCAUGUGGUGGCAACCAGCAUGUCACGUGCAUGCAUUACACUGGAUGAAAAGGAAGAACCGACGGAAUAA